AUGUUCUACAAACCAUUUACACAAGAUCAUUUUGUGUAUUAUUCAUGCUUUCUCCUCUUUAUUCCUUCAAUUUUUAUUUCCUUUUAUUUCAUUUUUCGUUUUAUUUUUCUGCUUUCCUUCAUAAUUAUUUUUUCCUUUUCUUCAUUCUUAUUGUUCUCCUGGUCCUUAUCUUACUUUGUCUCCCUUUCUUCAUCUUUCUUUCUCUCCUUUUCUUCAUAUUUCUUUCUUUCCUUUUCUUCACAUUUCUUUCUUUCCUUUUUCACAUUUCUUUCUCUCCUUUUCUUCAUCUUUCUUUCUCUCUUUUUCUUCAUCUUUCUUUCUCUCCUUUUCUUCACAUUUCUUUCCCUCCUUUUCUUCAUCUUUCUUUCUCUCCUUUUCUUCAUCUUUCUUUCUCUCCUUUUCUUCAUCUUUCUUUCUCUUCUUUACUUCAUCUUUCUUUCUCUCCUUUGCUUCAUCUUUCUUUCUUUCCUUUUCUUCAAAUUUCUUUCCCUCCUUUUCUUCAUCUUUCUUUCUCUCCUUUUCUUCACAUUUCUUUCUCUCCUUUUCUUCACAUUUCUUUCUCUCCUUUUCUUCACAUUUCUUUCUCUUUUUACUUCAUCUUUCUUUCUCUUUUUCUUCAAAUUUCUUUCUCUCCUUUCAUCUUUCUUUCUCUUCUUUUCUUCACAUUUCUUUCUCUCCUUUUCUUCACAUUUCUUUCUCUCCUUUUCUUCACAUUUCUUUUUUUCCGUUUCUUCAUCUUUCUCUUCUUUUCUUCACAUUUCUUUCUCUCCUUUUCUUCACAUUUCUUUCUCUCCUUUUCUUCACAUUUCUUUCUCUCCUUUUCUUCACAUUUCUUUCUCUUUUUUACUUCAUCUUUCUUUCUCUCUUUUUCUUCAAAUUUCUUUCUCUCCUUUCAUCUUUCUUUCUCUUCUUUUCUUCACAUUUCUUUCUCUCCUUUUCUUCACAUUUCUUUCUCUCCUUUUCUUCACAUUUCUUUCUCUCCUUUUCUUCACAUUUCUUUUUUUCCGUUUCUUCAUCUUUCUCUUCUUUUCUUCACAUUUCUUUCUCUCCUUUUCCUCUUAUUUCUUUCUCUUCUUUUCUUCACAUUUCUUUCUCUCCUUUUCUUCAUCUUUCUUUCUCUUUUUUACUUCAUCUUUCUUUCUCUCUUUUUCUUCAAAUUUCUUUCUCUCCUUUCAUCUUUCUUUCUCUUCUUUUCUUCACAUUUCUUUCUCUCCUUUUCUUCACAUUUCUUUUUUUCCGUUUCUUCAUCUUUCUCUUCUUUUCUUCACAUUUCUUUCUCUCCUUUUCCUCUUAUUUCUUUCUCUUCUUUUCUUCACAUUUCUUUCUCUCCUUUUCUUCUUAUUUCUUUCUCUCCUUCACUUCACCUUUCUUUCUCUCCAUUUCCUUAUCUUUCCUUUCUUUCUUUUCCUUCUUUUCUUCACAUUUCUUUCUCUCAUUCAUCAUUCUUUUUCAUCAUUUCUUCGCCAUUCUGCUUAUGGCCAUAUCAUGUUGUAA